AGAAUUGGUGUUCAAAAGCCGUACCCGUGGCGCAGUGACCUCACUUCUGAACUAGAAGAUAAGUGCUCCACAGCCAGUUUUCAGCAGUACGAUACGUGUGGAAGAUGAAGUUGUUGGCGGUUCUCCUCCUUCUCGGUGCCGCUGCUGUGGACGCCCAGUACUGGUGGUCGUCCUGGUUCAGCACCCCUGCUCAAACCCCAGCAUGGGACGGCUUGAGAGUGACUUUCGGACUCAACCCUUUCGGAAACAACUUUGACCGUCUGCCUCGCACGAUGGAGGAGGCCAAAGACCAAGGAUGGACGCAGUUCGGAUCGAAGAGUUGUAGAGCUGGUACCUGGCUGGGUUUCCGCUACGUCAAGGACAACGACCCUGCCGUCACCCUGCUGUUCGACAAGAACGGCUACAUCGCCGGGUUACAGAUGGGGGUGAAGAAGAGUGAACUGCCCCCUGAUGGCAGUGUCCCACCCCGCCAGGUCACUCCGCCAUGGAUAGAGGACAGGAACAACAACAUGGUGCUGCUCACCGCCUAUUUCAUCCAGCCGAGUGACAUUUGCAGGGAUGGUCGUACCGAGACUGAGUACGAGGAGGAAGGCACGGGGACUGAUCUGUACAUCCAGACCGGCCCGAACCCGACCGUAGACAUCAUGGCCAUCCCGAAGGAACAGGAGGACCUGGAGGGCACGGAAUGGACCGAGGGCAGGUGCUUCUGGGGCAUGGGUAAACACUACUGGUGGAACCUGCGUGUGGACAUGCCCUGUGAAGAGUUCUACCCAGUCUUUAUCAUGUACAAUGGCGGGAAGCUGGACUCGUUCGGGUGGAACAUCGGGACCUACCUGUCCAGUCCGCGCUACGAACACCCAUCAGGCGGCUUCGGGAUGUUCAUGAAACCUGUGCCGACCUGUCUGGCUGACCAUUCUGAGAACCUGUCCACCAUGCACGUGUACCUGACCAACGGAUAUCCGCCCCUCAACAACCACUGCUAGACCCAUGGACCUAGCUAAACCAACAGAAAUCCAGUGUUGAAAUACAUGUAUCUCUUGGCAUGGUUUCAUGUACGCUAGUUUCGUGACAAUACAAUAACACACGAUGAAAAAAAAGUAAUACAAAGACACAAACGGAAUUAAUUUAUUGCUGACAAGAUAAAUGUGAUGAAUCGUGUAUGGAUUGAGUAAAGUCAAUAAGCUCCUUUGUAAAGCUAACAGGUUUCCUGCGCCACCUUGCGGUAGCUUUUAGCCACUCCAGCCUAUGAUGACAGUCUGGCUCUUCGAUUUGCGUAUGCUGCGACAUGAAUUUCCUGGAUGCUCACACAAUUGUGUUCAUGGACUGUCUUCGCUUCGCAAUAUUAUGCCAACAUUUACUCUUCCACAUUUUCACCUGUAAAGCCGGUAUAACCGCCCUUCGGGGUAACACACCAUCUUCGCAGGCACGCUGUCUUUGCGCUCCAAACUUGGAAAGAAACUAAUUAAAACACAACUGCCAAAGUCCA